GCUUUAUUUUUUUUAAUGGAUAUUUCUCUUCGAGUGUUUAUAGAAGGGAUACAACCAUAUUUUUCUGAUAUAUUUAACUCCUUAGAUGCUGCCAUUAUUAUUGUGACUCUACUGGUUGAUAUCGCUUAUCUUUUUUAUGACUUUACACUUGGUAAAAUUUUCCCCAGGUUGAGAAUUGUUUUACGACCUGUAAGACUUGUCAUUCUGAUAAGAGUUUUUCAUCUGGCUUAUCAAAAAAGACAUCUUGAAAUGCUGACCAGAAGGAUGGUUUCAGGAAACAAACGGCGGUACAAGAAGGAUGGAUUUGACUUAGACCUCACUUAUGUUACUGAGCGUAUUAUUGCCAUGUCAUUCCCAUCUUCUGGAAAGCAGUCUUUCUACAGGAAUCCCAUUAAGGAAGUUGUGCGGUUCCUGGACACGAAGCACCCAAACCACUAUCAAGUCUAUAACCUCUGCAGUGAAAGAGCUUAUGAUCCUAAGUACUUCCAUCAUAGGGUCCAUCGAUACUUGAUUGAUGAUCACAACGUCCCCUCUCUGAGUGAGAUGGUGGCGUUCUCCAUGGAAGUGAGGGAGUGGAUGGCCCAAGACAAGGACAAUAUCAUAGUGGUUCACUGUAAAGGAGGAAAAGGAAGAACUGGAACUAUGAUCUGUGCCUACCUCCUUGCCAGUGAGAUAUUUGCCACCGCGGAGGACAGCCUGUAUUAUUUUGGAGAACGGCGAACAGACAAAUCCACUAGCAGUAAGUUUCAGGGAGUAGAGACUCCUUCUCAGAACAGAUUCGUUGGAUAUUUUGCAAUGGUGAAAAAUAUCUACAAUUUGACUCUUCCUCCAAUAAAAAAACUCACGAUCAAAAAAAUCGUGAUUUAUUCAAUUCAUGGUGUUGGAAAAGGCAAUGGACACGAUCUAAAAGUACAAAUAAUAAUGCAACGAAAGACUGUCUUUUUCUGUUCUGCUUCCAAAAACUGUAGGAUAUUUCAUGAUGCUGAAACAGACAGAGUAAUCAUCUUGCUCUCUAACUGCCCACCUCUGUAUGAUGAAGUAAAAGUGAAAUUUUUGUCUUCUUCGGCUCUUCCUAAAUACUACGACAACUGUGCAUUCUUCUUCUGGUUCCAUAUGUCUUUUAUACAAAAUAACAGGCUUUAUCUUUCAAGAAGUGAAUUGGAUAAUCCCCAUAAAAUAAAAGCAUGGAAAACUUACAGUCAGGAGUUUGCAGUCGAGGUAUAUUUUGAUGACAUUUAAGUUGUUCCUGGUAUCUAAGUACAGUUCCCCUUCUAGACUAGAAUCAUGUUCUUCCCAAUCCUUGCUACAUAUUUAUCUUUUAAAUCUAUGUCCUUGCUGAUAUGCUUAUAUUUAUAGACAUGUACAUAUGUUCUUGAGAAAUCUAUUAAAUAUAUACAAGACUGUCAAUGGCAGUAUUUUCUUUGGAAGGACUAUACAUCACAUCACAGUUUUCAUCUGUAUUAAGUCUGAAACAGUACACGGAACAUUAGUUAUGACUUUUAAGAAAUAAAACUUUCCUACCAAAAUAAGAUUUAAAGACUGCAGUUUCCCCUAAUACUGUGGGUUUGUUUCAUUUACUUAUAUAUUUCUGGACAAGUAUUUAUUCCCUGCUUUGUUUUACAUCUGUAAUGUCAGAUGUUAGAAGGUAAUUUCUUUCCUCUAUUUGACUUACAAACUGUUAACAAUGAUCAGAAUGGCAGCAAAAACUAUUUUAAAACUCAAAGUUCACACCAGCAGCCUCCCAUCCCCAACAGGGGAAGUGAAGUGGAUAAUCGCUUUUUUUUUUUUUUACACUCCAAGCACCACACAGAUUUCGGCAAGCUUCCUUUAAUUGUACACAGGGCAUCAAGGGAGGGUAAAAGAAUUUUCAGUAACCUCUGCUUUUGUCCGUCAUUACUGAAGUCAAAGGGAACUUUUGCCUAGAGCAAUCUAGAUUUUUAAAUCCACCACCCCCGCCCCCAACCAGCUUCACCCAAGCUUAGAAAACUUUGAAGUAAGGUCAAGUUUUCAUUAUAGACACUGGUUAGCCGUGUCCACAGGGAAUCACUAUUUUCUCUUUGGUUCAGUUCAGUUGCUCAGUUGUGUCCGAUUGUUUGUGACCCCACGAACCACAGCACGC